CUCAUAUAUACAUUGUGUGCGUCCACCCCCCGCACCCCCCUCCCCCCAAAAAAAAAUGGCUUCUAAAAUUGUUGCUUCAAUUGCACUUCUCCUUCUCUUCAAUCUUCUCUUCUUCACAAUGGUCAGCUCAACGUCCGUUCCGUGCCCUCCACCACCAGGCUCCCCAAGCGGUGGUCACGGCCACGAACCCCACCCACCGUCAAAGGGAAAGUGCCCUAAAGACACUCUAAAGUUAGGAGUGUGUGCCGACUUGCUAAAUGGCUUGGUGAACGUAGUUGUGGGAACCCCUCCAAAAACUCCAUGCUGCUCCCUUAUCCAAGGUCUAGCCGAUCUCGAGGCUGCGAUUUGCCUUUGCACUGCCAUUAAAGCUAAGGUUUUGGGCAUUAACCUUAAUGUACCGGUGUCCCUCAGCUUGUUGCUUAACUACUGUGGAAAGAAUGUCCCAUCUGGCUUCCAAUGCGCAUAAACCAACACAUUUUCCUUCCAUUUCGAGGAUUUUUAUGUCUUUCUAUAUAUUUCUAUCUGUGUUUUUUCCAUAUUUCUUGAUGAGAUUUCUUAAGGGUAUUAUUUGAGAUAUUGUUGAUGGCAGUCAGUGCUAAGGUGUUGGGAAUUCCAUUGAUUAAAAACAAGGUUCAAUAAAUUCUGAUAUUGUAUCCUCUUUGUUUUA